GUACACAAUGCUACCCUCAAGCAAAUGCGAAAGGCUUUCUGAAUUCUGACCAUUUACCAAAUGGCCAAAUGACAAUCUUCGCUCCCUCUGCAACGGCCAUUUCCCGCCAUGUCUUGCCUCCCGCUGGAUGCUCUACCCAUCUACCUUUCCACUCUCUUCUGCCCUAAACCCAAAGCCCUACAUUCCAAGCUCAUCAUCAAUCCCUGCAAAUCUCACCUCCAAUCUGAGCGCGGACUUCAGUUCGAUGUUGGCGACACCUUUUUCCGUCGCGAGAGCGCCACCGGACGUGACCUCGGCGUGCUCUCCGCGGCCCUCCGACGGAAUUCAGAGGGAAGUCUCAGAGUUCUGGACGCCAUGUGCGGGUGCGGAAUUCGAUCCCUCCGGUACUUGGAAGAAGCAAAUGCCGAUUUCGUGCUCGCGAAUGACGCGAAUGACUGCAUCCGGGGCAUAAUUUUGGGGAACCUCUCGCGGGUUUCUAGAGAUUCCAGUGAAAGAUGGGCUGUGACGCAUUCAGACGCGACUAGGGUCUUGACCGAGUGUUACUUAAAAAGAGAUUAUUUCGAUUUCAUCGAUGUUGAUUCAUUCGGGAGCGAUUCCAGCUUUCUACGAGCUGCAGUUGGGGCCGUAAAAUUCGGUGGCAUGUUGUAUGUUACUAGCACAGAUGGUUACUCUUCCGGGGGUAACCGUCCUGGCCGUUGUUUGGCUGCCUAUGGAGCAUAUGUUCAACGAAUGCCAUACUCAAAUGAGAUCGGGUUGCGAAUGUUAAUAGGUGGAGUGAUUAGAGAGGCUUUGACUGCUGGUCAUCACGUUGUUCCCCUUUUCUCAUACUACUCCUACCAUGGACCGGUCUUCCGAGUGCUCUUAAAGAUCAACAAUGGGCUGCCUUCAGAUCAAAGGCAUUAUGGCUUCGUGAGCUACUGUAGUCAGUGUGGUGAUUCAAGAGCAUUCCCCUGGGAAGAACUUGGCAAAGUCAGCUGUUCAUGCGUUGCAAAUGUUCGGGAACAUUCUCCUGCUGUUUCAGGACCAGUAUGGACAGGGCCUCUCCACAAAGAAUCACAUCUUAGAGAAAUGUUAAACUUAGCCAACGAAUGGGGAUGGAUAGGCAAUGACACAGGAAGAGAUCUUGAGAAGUUGUUAAAUCAGAUGAUUGAUGAGUGUGACCCCAAUCUGCCAGUUGGUUACAUAAAAGUGGAUGAAAUAGCAAGUCGUGCAAAAGUGAAUUCCCCUCCCCUCAAUUCAAUACUGACUUCCCUGCAAAAGAGAGGGUAUGCUGCUAGUAGAUCACAUAUUGCUUCCAAUGCAAUCAAGACAAAUUGUCGCAUGGAUGGAUGUGUUCGAAUUGUGAAGGAACUACAACAGCCUGGAUAAAGAGCAGGCAUGCAGGUGACAAUGGAUCCUAGGUCGAGUGAUCAAGAUGAUCAUGACAACUUCUACUUUGUCUUUUGUAUUGCAGUUUUUCUUGUACAACAUUUUAGAUAAUUUACAACAUUUUAGAUGUUGUAGGAACAAUUUACAACAUUUUACGUAUUUUCCCUUAUAUGUUGUAUUUGUGUUCGAGUAUGAAUAUUAGAUAAUUAAUUGUUAUGAAUGUUUGAUGAUUGUACUGUGUUUUACCGUUGAGUUGUAUGUGUUUAUGUAUGUG